CACUUCCGCCGGACGCCGUCUGGAGAAGGAUGGAGGAGGAGCAGAGGCAGCGGGGGAGGCUGAGCCGCCGCAGGCCGCCCGCGGGGGGCGGGACCCCUAACUGCCGCCCCUGGUUUCUCUCGGAGGGAAGUAAGAGUGAGCCGUGGGCUGCUCUGCUGCGCAGCACCGUGAGCGGGAACACGGAUUGGACCCCGAACAGUCAGCCAUUAGCACCGCUGCCUGCUUUACCCGGCAAGGAGUCUGUGCCUGAGCCAGAGUCCACUGUGCCUCCUGAAGUCUUCACUGUGGGAUCCAAGACUUUUUCCUGGACGCCUUUUCCACCUGCCCUUCGUGGCUCUGGAAGCUCCUACCACCUGUUCCGUGGACUCGAAGGCUCCCUGGAGUCACCUACUCCAUCCCUGAAAGGAUGUCCUGCACUAGAUUCCGGUCGAACUCCUAGCACCCAGGAGUGUGUGCGCGUGCAGAGUCCACCUGUGUUGCUGAGCUGCCCGUUGUGCCAGAAGGCAUUUGACUCGAAGAUGACCCAGCUAGAUGUGGAUAGCCACCUUGCUCAGUGCUUGGCUGAAAGCACAGAAGAUGUGGUGUGGUGAGCUUCAGGGCGCCUUGCUGUAUCUUCUCCUUCAAGCCUGCAUGCUGACAUUGGAUGUGACUGCUGAAACCUCUUUGUGUGGACACCUGAGUAUUGUUUCCUUCUGGUUUUGUUCAUGAGCCUUGGACAGAAUGCUGGUCACUGACAGCAGGCAGCAGAUCCUCUGUGGAAUCAUCUUCAUUGUCAGCCUAACUGGAUGUGGAAUCUCCUAGGAGACACAUCUCAAGUGUGCCUGUGAAACUGUCUCCAGACAUCACCUGGGAAAGGAAGUCCCAGUGGAUGUGGGUGGCCUGGGGUCCCACUGACUGAAAAGGGAAAAAGGCGAAAUUGAGCUGCUCUCUGACUGGGCAUGGGAUGAGAUGCACUUCCCAAUGCUACGGCAGCCAUAGCUACCUUUGCUGCUGUGCCCUCCUUGCUGCAGGGACUAUAUCUUCAUCUGGGAGCCAGAAUAAAUUUUAAGUUGCUUUCCA